AUGUUGUGGAAGGUGGAGAGAAGAGAAAGUGAAAGGAUAGAGAGAGAAGAUGGCGGAGGGAUGAAGGCGGAGGAAGCGCGGGAGUGGAGAACGAGAGAAGAGAAAGAAGCGAGUUUUGGAGGCUUGGUGCCUGAGAGUGUUAGACGGUAUUUUCGGACAGCGACAGGGACUCACAGCGCCCCGAGCCUCAUCAGGAGCCUUGCCGGGGGACCGACGAUAUCGAGGUGGACAGGCAGCGGAGUGAACGGGGGGAUUUUGAUAAGUCGGCUGCAGUUUGGGGAUGGGGAUGCGGAUGGGGAUGGGAUCAAUAACGGUGGAGGUAACGUUGGUGGCUGUGGUGGUGGAGGAGGUGGUGCAACGGUAAAGAAUAGGACGGGAGGAAGGAUUGUUGAUAGCACUGGCGGGCAUUGGGGAGCAAAGGAUGAACGAAGGGGAGGGGAUGACUGA